UCCACUAAGGUAACCCACAAUCUUCCAAUUCAUUACUUAAAACCUCUAUAAACCCUUUCAACAUUAGAUCCUCAAACCUUACACCCAUUAACAAUUACAUUCACGACCACUGAUCUCUUUCUAAUGGCGUUGUGGCUCACCUGCCUCGCCGCCGGUUGCCGCACCGCCGUGGCUUGCGCUAUAAUCGCUGCUGCCACUGUGUAUGGCCCAGCUUCUCUCCGACAGCAAGUCACUUUCCCCGCAUUCUCUUAUGUCACUGCCAUCCUGAUUGUGACGAAUGCCACUCUCGGCGACGCCAUCCGUGGCUGCUGGCUGGCUCUCUACGCUACUUUGCAGACUGUCUGUCCAGCCAUGGCUGUGUUUUGGCUCAUCGGACCGACCAAAUUCUCUUACGAAACGAUCGCUUUGACCGUGGCGUUGGCUUCCGUUGUGGUGUUGCUGCCUAGCUCCACCCAUGUGUUGGCCAAGCGGAUUGCUUUGGGUCAGAUUGUGAUUAUUUAUGUUGUGGGUUUUAUUGGCGGCGUUCACACUCAGCCUCUCAUGCACCCUGUUCAUGUCGCCGCCACCACCGCCAUGGGCGUCGCCGCCAGUGUCCUCGCCACCCUUCUCCCCUUUCCUCGCCUUGCUUCUCUUGAGGUGAAGAAGAAGAGCAAGGCAAUGGUGGACAACGUGGCAGAGCGGUUAAGGCUGUUACUGAAAGCAGUUCUUGCUGACAAUGACACCGUGGCAGUUGGGGCUAUAUCUAAAGCUUCACUAUUGUCCACUUCAGCAACUAAACUCCUACACCCAAUAAGACAACUCCAAGAAAGCAUGCAAUGGGAAUGGAUUAUUCCAUACAAAAUGUGCGGACAGGGAUGGUCGAGCGGCGUUGACAAGCUGCAAAAUUUGGAGACGGCGUUGAGGGGAAUGGAUUUAGCUUUAUCCAACAUUGCUUCAUAUCCAAUCCAAACACUUAAAGAUCAAUCACUUAGAAAUGGUCUAAACGCUUUGGAAAAUCACAUCACCAAAGCUUUAAUCCAAAACGCUUAUUCACCGUCUGAUUCACAUACUUUCCCUGAGUCAAACCCAGAUGAGGAAGCCACAAUAAACAAGAUCACUCAAUCCAACCAAGAAAUGCCAACAAACCCAGAUGAUCUUCCCUCUCUGUUCUUCAUAUUCUGCAUGAAACUCCUCCUGAUCAAACCCAACAACCCACAAAUCAAAAAACAAGAACCAAAUCAAACAUGGGUCUCUGUUCCAAUAUGGAGUAGCUGGGCCUCACAAUUCAACGCUAAGAGGCUAAUUCCAGUGCUAAAAUCCGCUCUUUCAUUGGGGAUUGCGGUGUUCUUGGGAUUGAUGUACAGCAAAGAAAAUGGAUUCUGGGCGAGCUUAGGAGUGGCUGUCAGCAUUGCUUGUACACGAGAGGCUACCUUCAAAUUGGCUAAUGUUAAGCUUCAAGGAACAGUGGUGGGAUCUGUGUAUGGAGUUUUGAGCUUUGUUGUGUUCGAAAAUUUUUUGUUGGGUCGGCUUCUUUGUCUUCUCCCCUGCUUUGUCUUCACCAGCUUUCUUCAGAGAAGCAAAAUGUACGGCCCUGCCGGUGGAGUUUCCGCCAUUAUUGGAGCUGUCAUCAUUUUGGGAAGAACAAAUUACGGCUCUCCUAAAGAACUCGCUUUUGCUAGAAUCGUAGAGACAAUUAUUGGCCUCUCAUCCUCUGUUAUGGUUGAUAUCCUUCUACAGCCAACCAGAGCUUCAAAAUUGGCCAAAUUUCAGGUCACUGUCAGUUUAAGAGCACUUCAAAAAUGCAUUGAUUCGUUAAAUUCUCCAGAGGAUUUGAAGGAAUGUCAGAAGAAUUUGGCAACUCAAAUUGGAGAGCUGAAGAAGCUAAUUGAUGAGGCUGCAGAGGAACCCAAUUUUUGGUUUGUGCCAUUUAAGACAGAUUGCUAUGGGAAGUUGUUCAAGUCACUGUCGAGAAUGGUUGAUCUUUUUGGUUUUAUUCAUUGUGCAAUGAAAAUUGGGAAAAAUCAAGAGGAGGACAUUGAGAAGGUGAAGGAAAUGGUGAGUUCUUUGGUGGGAUGUUAUGUGGAGGUGAGUUCGUUGAAAUCAUUGAAAGUUCUUGAGAAGAAUGGUGAUGGUGUUGGGGAUGUGGAGAUGGGAGUGGCGCAGAGGGAGGGGAUUGAUGAAAUGGAGAAGAAGAAGAUGGUGUGUUCAUUUUUGCAGCAUUGUGUGGAGGCUGUGGAGCAUGAAAGUGAAGAGCUUAAGAGUGAAGCAAUUCUGAGGCUGAGUGCUUUGGGGUUUUGUUUAAGCAGUUUGAUGAAGGAGACGGAAGAGAUUGGGAAGGCAACCAGAGAGUUGAUUCAAUGGGAGAAUCCUUGCAGCCAUGUUGAUUUUAAUGAAAUCACAGCGAAGAUUCAUGCACUACAAAAGAACUAAAGGGAAGGGUUUGAACUAUAAACAUUAAUUUUCUAAAGUGAAUAAUCGCAUUUCCUUUGUAUAAAUAACCCUACAAUAACAUGUAUAACUCAUCCCAUUUUUCUAUUUUAUAUACACUAAGGGAUAGGUGUAUUUGUA